GUAGAAAGGAAGUAUGAGAUUGGGUGCAUGUGGCAUGGGUUUCAGAAAAUACACAAGAACCCACGCCGCAGUUAUAGCCACCGACUACUGACUCAGAACAAACUAACACACUCCAUUCUGAUUUCUGAUUCUACCAUUCAUUAUCAGCCGUCUCAUUUUUUAUACUCUCUCCUCAAUACCCUCUAAAAAAAUAUAAAGGAAAGCCGCUAAUAUUUUUAUGUAAAAGGUUCACCAACUGCAGCUCAUCAUCUUUCUCCAUAUUGCUUUGCUUUUUAUGCUGGGGAAAGGGAAUAAAGCCACUUUUAAAAGUCUCUCACUCACACCCUCUUGAGAAAAGAAGAUACUUGAUCCUUUGCCCCUGAAAAAUACCAGUUUGAAGAUACUACCUUUUCUUAUUAAUUGAAACAAUUGUAGUACUCUUUCUAAAGGCAUGCCAAAUUGGGAGCUGAAGCAUUGUUGCAAGCAUGAACAAAUCGUCUUUCUCGCCACUAUCGGCGUUUGCGCUGUUGUCAUUCUUGCUCUUUGGAGGACAGUGCUACUACUACCUUUCAAGCUUGUGACAGUGUUUAUUCAUGAAGCUAGUCAUGCUAUAGCUUGCAAACUUACUUGUGGCCAUGUUGAGGGGAUACAGGUUCAUGCUGACGAAGGUGGCACUACACAAACACGUGGUGGCGUAUAUUGGUUCAUUUUGCCAGCUGGAUAUCUUGGUUCAGCAUUUUGGGGAAUGGUAUUAGUGCUUGCGUCCACCAAGCUCCUUACAGCAAGAAUUGCAGCAGGAUGUUUACUGGUCACUCUAAUUGUUGUUCUUUUUGUGGCUAAAAAUUGGACACUCCGCGGCCUUUGUAUUGGAUUUGUUCUCUUCCUUGCUGUUGUAUGGAUUCUGCAAGAAACAACAAAGAUUAAAAUUCUGCGGUACAUCAUUCUGUUCAUUGGUGUAAUGAACAGCUUAUUUUCUGUGUAUGAUAUCUACGAUGAUCUGAUAUCACGAAGAGUACACCACAGUGAUGCUGAGAAGUUUGCUGAAGUGUGUCCCUGUCCUUGUACUGGUGUUGGCUGGGGGAUCAUCUGGGGACUCAUUUCCUUUUUGUUUCUCUGUGGAGCCACAUAUCUUGGUUUAGUGAUCUUGUCUUGAGGUAGUUUGAAUUGAACCAGCCUCUUCCUGGAUGAGAAGUUGGAUUACUGCAGCACUUACAAUUACAAACAUAUAAGGAUGCUGCAGGAGGAGAAUUCGAAAAUUAGACCAAUAUAUAUCUCAUAUACCAAAAGGAUGUAUCAUACAUUUUCCUCAUUAUGCAUCCAGUCAUAGCUUCAUUCGAUUUGUCUUUACAUUAUACUGUUGUACAUAUCAGUUUAACAUAGUUUCUUCACGGAACUAGUAGCUUUCUAAUUUUGGAUAUUUUUUAAAAAGUGACAAUACAAUCAUGUCA